AUGCAGGCCCUCAGCAACUUGCUGCCAGCAGUGACGCAAAUGGGCGGACAGCUUGCUGCUGCUGACGAGGCAAACGGCACAGUGACGCUGCGCUACGAAGGGCCCAACGCAGUCACAGUCAAGUAUGGGCUGGAGAUGGAAUUGAACGAUAAGCUUCCUGAUGCAGCAGGCUCCGUCCGCAUUGAGGCGGUGGAGGCAGCAGCAUGA